AUAUGCCUAUAAUGAUCUUUCAAAACCUUUUCAGUGUAGGGAAAAAUCCAGCACGAAUAAAUCGGCUUAGUGGACAGAAUUAGAGGGGAAGGGUUUGGAGCCAGAGUAGGAUUAAGGGAAAUUGUGUGAAAUAAAAAGCGAGUGAUCACGAGUGACUGUGUUCGUGUCUGCUUCUAGAGGGAGGGAGGGAGAGAGAGAGUGAGUGAGAGAGAGAGAGAGAUUUUCAUCCAAAUCCAUAUCUAUUUUUUAAUCCUCGUCUGUGCGUAAACGUUGGUUGCAGCCUUCGCGAGGAGACUAUUUCACAAUGCAACGCUUUUAAUAAUCUUUACGCAAUCUCCAACAACCUUACAUCCUUUGAAGUGCGCAUUUGUUUUAAACUUCCAUCUUCCCUCCGACACUUGGACAGCAUUAUGACCAGUUUGUGGAAUCGCAUCCCUUUGGAAUGGUGGGAAAUACGCGGCGAGCUGCCGGAGAGCAUGUAAACGCAAAUGGAGUUUGGGAUUUAUUGCAAAAUAUGGGAAAGAUGACCGUCCUGUCUUUGUGUUUUCUCUUGUGCGCUGAUCUACUGCAAGUAGCUGUUGGAUAUCUGACCGUAACGAUAGAGCCCUUGCUGCCAGUUGUUGUGGGAGAAACGGUGACUCUAAAGUGCAACUUCAAGACAGAUGGAAGAUUGCGAGAGAUCGUUUGGUACAGGGUUACUGACGGAGGCACUAUUAAGCAGAAGAUUUUUACGUACGAUGCUAUGUUCAAUACCAAUUACUCCCAUAUGGAGGAUUACCGCAGACGGGAAGACCUGGUGUAUCAAUCAACUGUCCGGCUCCCAGAGGUCCGGAUCUCAGACAACGGACCUUAUGAAUGCCAUGUAGGAAUCUAUGACCGAGCAACACGGGAGAAGGUCGUCCUGGCAUCAGGGAACGUUUUGCUAACGGUCAUGUCUCCACCCAAUAACAUCUCAGUGGUGGCAGAGAACACGCCAGCUCCAUUCAGCCGAUACCAGGCUCAGAACCUCACCCUGGUCUGCACUGCCAAAGGAGGCAAACCAGCUCCAUCGGUGUACUUCAAGCGGGAUGGGGAGUUGAUAGAGGUGAUCUCCUACGUUUCGCCCACUGUGGGUUAUGAGGGCGGCGGCUCCGCUGGCGUGCGUGGAGCCAGACCUCUGAUCAGCAGGGAUCUGGAUGACACUAAGCUGAGGAAGUCUCUAUCUCUGCUGGGUCCGGAUGGCAGGCCCGGACGCCUCAACACGGAGAGCCCUGGGCGGAGCUACAUGGCCAAACAGCCCGGCCAAGAGCCCAGCCCGGCCACGGAGACCAUCCCAGAGACAGUGGUAAGCCGGGAGUUCCCUCGCUGGGUUCAGAGUACAGACCCCCUGUACUACUUCAGCAACACGCACAUUCCCCAGAGCGACGGGUCUGUGCUGGUUCAGGCCAAGCUCACCUGGACGCUGAAUCCGCAGUUGGAUAACGACGCCUUGUUUAGCUGCGAGGUCACGCACCCGGCUCUCUCUAUGCCUAUGCAGACUGAGGUCAUACUGGCGGCUCCUAAAGGCCCCAAGCUUGUGAUAUCCCCUACCAGGGCAAAGGUAGGGGAUACGGUUCGCAUCACCGUCCAAGGUUUCCAGGUAGGAUCUCCAGUGAAUGAGGUGUUUCCUGAGCCUCUGUUCACCUGGACGCGGGUGGGCGGCAGACUGCUGGACGGCAGUACCGAGAGAGAUGGGAAGGAACUGGUGUUGGAGCGAGUGCCUGCAGAACUCAAUGGCUCCAUGUACCGCUGCACGGCCCAGAAUCCAUUGGGCUCCACUGACACACACACACGCCUCAUUGUUUUUGAAAAUCCAAGUAUGAUGAAAAACACACAGAAUCCGAACAAUGGAGCUCCUGGUUUGCACAAGUUUGGACUGAUAUGCCUGCCACUUAUUCUCACAGUGACUGUCGAACUGACGUGAAUAUCCUUGAUUCAGCCGCACACAAACACGCCUCCUCUCCAGUCAGGCACACACACACACUCACACACACUUCACACACAUGCACACAAGCCUUCUCCAGACCAUGACUAAACCUACCUUGCUUUCAUCUGUGGGAGAACCUGAACCCCCCAAAAGGGGGCGCACCAUCCUAUUUUUGUGAGAGAAAAAAAAAAGAUCCAGAUGGAGAUGAUGAUAAUAUCGCUGAUUUAAAAAUAAGAUGAAAUGAAAAUAACAUGCUGAAUAUGAGAAAAAGCACCACCUUACCAUUUGCCCCUUUCCGCACAGACAGUUUUGGUUUUGUUUGUUUUUUUGUUAAACUUGCCUGUCAAUCAACAGAGACCUGUCCUUUGGAAAAGCAAAAAGGCAUUUGGGGUUGAACAAAAAUCUCAUGUGUGUGGAGAAAGACAUUAAGGAACUGUGGGUUG